AGGGGCCGGCAACGAAGGCGACGGCGACGGCGACGGCGGCGGGGCUGGCGGCUCGGUGUCUGCGCGCCGGCGGCGUCUCGGGCCCGGAGCGGGGCCUCCGCGGGGACGAUGAGCGCGCCCGCCUCCCGCGGCUGAGGGAGGGAGCGAGCGGCCGCCACUCUCCUCCGGGCUCCCGGCGGGGCGGCGCGGCGCGGCCGGGGCCUGAGCGAUGGUGCCCGGCGAGGAGAGCCAGUUGGUCCCGAAGGAGGAUGUAUUUUGGAGAUGCAGACAAAAUAUCUUUGAUGAAAUGAAGAAGAAAAUUUUGCAGAUAGAAAAUGCUGCUGAAGAGCCUAGAGUCUUAUGUAUAAUACAAGAUACUACUAACUCAAAGACAGUGAGUGAACGGAUCACUUUGAAUUUACCAGCUUCUACUCCACUCAGAAAACUCUUUGAAGAUGUUGCCAACAAAGUAGGCUACGCAGAUGGCACCUUUGACUUGGUGUGGGGAACUGGAACCAACACUGCUGGCAUGGCUCCACUGGAUCACACCAGUGACAAGUCUCUUCUUGAUGCUAAUUUUGAACCAGGAAAGAAGAACUUUCUGCAUUUGACAGAUAAAGAUGGUGAACAGCCUCAAAUACUGCUGGAGGACUCCAGUGCUGGAGAGGACAGUGUUCAAGACAGAGUCAUAGGCCCACUUCCAAGAGAAGGUUCCGUGGGCUCGACCAGUGAUUAUGUCAGCCAGAGCUACUCCUACUCAGCCAUUCUGAAUAAGUCAGAAACUGGAUACGUGGGAUUAGUAAACCAAGCAAUGACUUGCUAUUUGAAUAGCCUUUUGCAAACUCUUUUUAUGACUCCUGAAUUUAGGAAUGCAUUAUAUAAGUGGGAAUUCGAAGAAUCUGAAGAAGACCCAGUAACAAGUAUCCCGUAUCAACUUCAAAGACUUUUUGUUAUGUUACAAACCAGCAAAAAGAGAGCAAUUGAAACCACUGAUGUCACAAGGAGCUUUGGAUGGGAUAGUAGUGAGGCUUGGCAGCAGCAUGAUGUACAAGAACUUUGCAGAGUCAUGUUCGAUGCUUUGGAACAGAAAUGGAAACAAACAGAGCAGGCUGAUCUUAUAAAUGAGCUAUACCAAGGCAAGCUGAAGGACUACGUGAGAUGUCUGGAAUGUGGUUAUGAGGGCUGGAGAAUCGACACGUACCUUGAUAUUCCACUGGUCAUCCGACCGUAUGGGUCCAGCCAAGCAUUUGCUAGUGUGGAAGAAGCACUGCAUGCGUUUAUUCAACCGGAGAUCUUGGAUGGCCCGAAUCAGUACUUCUGUGAGCGCUGUAAGAAGAAGUGUGAUGCACGAAAGGGUCUUCGGUUUUUGCAUUUCCCGUAUCUUCUGACAUUACAAUUGAAAAGGUUCGAUUUCGAUUAUACAACAAUGCACAGGAUCAAGCUGAAUGAUCGGAUGACAUUUCCUGAGGAGCUAGAUAUGAGCACAUUUAUUGAUGUUGAAGAUGAGAAAUCUCCACAGACUGAAAGCUGCACUGAUAGUGGAGCAGAAAAUGAAGGUAGCUGCCACAGUGAUCAGAUGAGCAAUGACUUCUCCAACGAUGACGGUGUCGAUGAAGGAAUUUGUCUUGAAAACCACAGUGGAACCGAAAAGAUUUCAAAGCCUGGACUUGAAAAGAAUUCUUUGAUCUAUGAGCUCUUCUCGGUCAUGGUUCAUUCAGGGAGUGCUGCUGGGGGCCAUUACUAUGCUUGUAUAAAGUCAUUUAGUGAUGAACAGUGGUACAGCUUCAAUGAUCAGCACGUCAGCAGGAUAACACAAGAGGACAUUAAGAAAACACAUGGUGGAUCUUCAGGAAGCAGAGGAUACUACUCCAGUGCUUUUGCAAGCUCCACAAAUGCAUAUAUGCUAAUAUAUAGACUGAAGGACCCAUCACGAAAUGCCAAAUUUUUAGAAGUAGAUGAAUAUCCAGAACAUAUUAAAAACUUGGUGCAGAAAGAGAGAGAAUUGGAAGAACAAGAAAAAAGACAACGAGAAAUUGAACGCAAUACAUGCAAGAUAAAAUUAUUCUGUUUGCAUCCUGUGAAACAAGUAAUGAUGGAAAACAAAUUAGAAGUUCAUAAAGAUAAGACGCUAAAGGAAGCAGUGGAAAUGGCUUAUAAGAUGAUGGAUUUAGAAGAGGUAAUACCCAUGGAUUGCUGUCGCCUCGUGAAAUAUGAUGAGUUUCAUGAUUAUCUGGAACGCUCAUAUGAGGGAGAAGAAGAUACUCCCAUGGGACUUUUGCUAGGUGGCGUCAAGUCAACAUACAUGUUUGAUCUGCUUUUGGAGACAAGAAAACCGGAUCAAGUUUUCCAAUCUUACAAACCCGGAGAAGUGAUGGUGAAAGUGCAUGUGGUUGACCUAAAGGCAGAGUCUGUAGCUGCUCCUGCUACUGUUCGCGCCUACUUAAAUCAAACCGUUACAGAGUUCAAACAGCUCAUCUCAAAGGCUGUCCACUUACCUGCAGACACAAUGAGAGUAGUGCUGGAACGCUGUUACAAUGAUCUGCGUCUGCUCACUGUGCCCAGCAAAACCUUGAAAGCUGAAGGGUUUUUUAGAAGCAACAAGGUAUUUGUUGAAAGUUCUGAGACUUCGGAUUACCAGGUGGCCUUCACAGACUCUCAUUUAUGGAAACUCCUGGACCGGCAUGCAAAUACAAUCAGACUGUUUGUUUUGUUACCAGAACAGUCCCCAGGAUCUUACUCCAAAAGGACAGCCUACCAGAAAGCUGGGGGUGAUUCUGGGAACGUGAACGAUGACUGCGAACGGGUCAAAGGCCCCGUGGGUAGCCUGAAGUCCGUGGAAGCUAUUCUAGAAGAAAGCACUGAGAAACUCAAGAGCUUGUCACUCCAGCAGCAGCAGGACGGGGACAAUGGAGACAGCAGCAAGAGUACCGAGACAAGCGACUUUGAAAACAUCGAAUCACCUCUCAAUGAGAGGGACUCCUCAGCGUCGGUGGAUAACCGAGAACUUGAGCAGCAUAUUCAGACCUCUGACCCGGAGAAUCUUCAGUCUGAGGAGCGCUCAGACUCAGAUGUGAAUAAUGACAGGAGCACGAGUUCAGUGGACAGCGAUAUUCUUAGCUCCAGCCACAGCAGCGACACUUUAUGUAACGCCGACAACGCGCAGAUCCCUCUGGCUAACGGGCUGGAUUCUCACAGCAUCACGAGUAGUAGGCGAACUAAAGCGAGCGAAGGGAAAAAAGAGACGUGGGAUACAGCAGAAGAAGACUCUGGGACUGACAGCGAGUACGACGAGAGCGGCAAGAGUCGGGGAGAAAUGCAGCACGUGUAUUUCAGAGCAGAUCCCUACGCUGCGGAUGAAGGUUCUGGGGAAGGACGCAAAUGGUUGAUGGUGCAUGUUGAUAAAAGAAUCACUCUGGCUGCUUUCAAACAACAUUUAGAGCCCUUUGUUGGAGUCUUGUCCUCUCACUUCAAGGUCUUUCGAGUAUAUGCCAGCAAUCAAGAGUUUGAGAGCGUCCGACUGAAUGAGACACUUUCAUCAUUUUCAGAUGACAAUAAGAUUACAAUUAGACUGGGAAGAGCACUUAAAAAAGGAGAAUACAGAGUUAAAGUGUACCAGCUUCUAGUCAAUGAGCAAGAGCCCUGCAAGUUUCUCCUGGAUGCCGUGUUUGCUAAAGGAAUGACUGUACGGCAGUCCAAAGAGGAGUUGAUUCCUCAGCUCAGGGAGCAGUGUGGGUUAGAGCUCAGCAUUGACAGGUUUCGUCUAAGGAAAAAAACAUGGAAGAACCCUGGUACUGUCUUUUUGGAUUAUCAUAUUUAUGAAGAAGAUAUUAAUAUCUCCAGCAACUGGGAGGUUUUCCUUGAAGUUCUUGAUGGGGUGGAGAGGAUGAAGUCCAUGGCGCAGCUGGCCGUUUUGUCCAGACGUUGGAGGCCUUCCGAGAUGAAGCUGGAUCCCUUCCAAGAGGUGGUCUUGGAAAGCAGCAGUGUGGAGGAGCUGCGGGAGAAGCUUUGUGAAAUCAGUGGUAUUCCUUUGGAAGAUCUUGAAUUUGCCAAGGGCAAAGGAACUUUCCCCUGUGAUAUUUCUGUCCUUGAUAUUCAUCAGGAUCUGGACUGGAACCCUAAAGUUUCUACCCUGAAUGUCUGGCCUCUUUAUAUCUGUGAUGAUGGUGCAGUCAUAUUUUACAGGGAUAAGACAGAAGAAUUAAUGGAGUUGACAGACGAGCAAAGAAAUGAACUGAUGAAAAAAGAGAGCAGUCGACUCCAGAAGACAGGACAUCGCGUCACGUACUCACCUCGGAAAGAGAAAGCACUAAAAAUAUACCUGGAUGGGGCACCAAAUAAAGACGCCACUCAAGACUGACUCUGCUAGUUGAACAUUUUCCCUGGGGGAUCUGGUUUUCGUUAGGCGGUUCACUGCUGCUGUGUCAGUGCCAUCAUGGGCAGACGUGGCCGGGUGAGCCGGUGACACCAGCACUGAUUGGACUGCUCUACCCCAAUCAGAAGCCCAGUGCCCAGUGGGCCACUAUUUUGACUUGGAAUCAUGUUGUGCACUAUAGUCAGAUGUACUGUAACGUGGAAAGGGAUGUGCAAAAAAAAUAAAAACAAGUAGCAAAACCUACUAGAAAAGGGGGAAGGGAAAUGAGUCCAUUUCUUUUGCUGCGGACAAAUGUGCGCAUAGCAGCUAGUCAAACUGGCCUCAGACAGGAUGCUCAUAGCUUAACAAUAAGAGCUGUGCGAAGGCCCCGAGUGAAUGGAGUUUCUGUUUCUUUCACUGAACACACAUUACCUCACUGACGAUCCGGAAGUAAAUGCGGUGAGUGCUGACUCUUAGGAAGCAGCAGCAAAGGAGCCGAAGAGAGACAUCCUUAGAACCAGCGGUAACCCAGUAAAGGAUUGUGAAGCUGCAUUUUUGAUCUGUCUCAUUAUUAUUAUUUUUUUUUUUUUUUUGCUAAGAAUUAAGAACAUCCUGAAACAUCCAAAUGUUUCCCUGAGGCCUCUCUCAGCAGGUGGUGGCUUAUACUGCUGCAAUAUUGUAAUUAUAACUGAUUGUACUUAAGUUAUGGAUGUAGAGAAUGUCUCACUCAGUCAGCAUGUAAAUAAAAUUGUUCCUGUUGAGUUCCCAUCAUUGCAGCUCAGCUGUUUCCCAGGAGAAUUCUUGUCACGUGUCAUUCUGUACAUUUGUGCACCCGGUGUGUGACCAUCCUCAGUGAGGUCCCUCAGUGCUGGGUCCUGUACGGCUGUUUUUACCCUUGUUAAUGAGGUCUUUCUGUUCAGCGGCUUUUUUUUUUUUCUUCUUCUUUGUACAUUUAUUUUUCAAGAUUGACUUCAAGUUUGCAUCUUAUAGAACUGUUUUUUAAGUCCCACUUUAAUUUUUGGAGUUCUUUGUAGCUGCGUCUAGUUUAACUUUGGGGAAAAUGUCUUAACAUCGUGUUGAAUAAACUUGCUACUGUUAGUAAGUCAGGUAACGGCGCAGUCUGACGUAGUCAACAUGAUCAGGUAACGGCGCAGUCUGACGCAGUCAACAUGAUGUCAUUGCAGAGUCUAUAAAAGUUGGCAAGUCUUUGCUAAACACAACGUCAACGAACACAAUUCUACGUAAAUUUUGAGAAUGCCAUCUUAUUUAUAAAAAUCAAUUGAGAAGGUUUUGGUAAAACUUUUUCAUGCCAGAUGCUGUUUACAACAAUGAACACGCCAAUAAAACAUUUGUUCAUUC